AUGUGGAACGGAGAGACUCCGUAUUGGCACGGACAAGAAGACAUUGUCAUCUCCGGUGUCUCCGGAAGAUUCCCACAAUCCGAAAAUGUCAAGGAAUUCGGAGACAAGCUCCUCGCCGGAGAGGACUUGGUCACCGAGGACGACAGUCGCUGGCCGCCGGGCUACUACGAUCUGCCCAAGCGCCACGGAAAGCUGAAGGAGCUCAAGAAAUUCGACGCCUCUUUCUUUUCCGUCACGCCGAAACAGGCCAACUACCUCGACCCGCAGGUCCGAAAAUUGCUCGAGGUCACCUGGGAGGCUCUCGUCGAUUCCGGAAUCGACCCGGCCCAGCUCCGCGGCACCAACACCGGAGUGUUCGUCGGAUGCUCGGCUUCCGAGACUGGAGGAGCCCUCACACAGGAUCCGGAAACCGUAACCGGAUACACAUUGACGGGAUGCGUGCGGUCGAUGUUCUCGAACAGAAUCUCGUUCACAUUCGACUUCCGCGGCCCCUCAUUCUCCGUGGACACGGCCUGCUCCUCGUCGCUGCUCGCCCUCCAGCUGGCCGUCGAUGCCAUCCGACAAGGCCAAUGCGACUCGGCCAUUGUCGCCGGAGCCCACUUGACCCUCACGCCGACGGCCGCCCUCCAGUUCUUGCGCCUCGGCAUGCUCUCAGACAAGGGCUCUUGCCGCUCGUUCGACGAGUCGGGCGACGGCUACUGCCGUACCGAAGGCGUCGCUGCCAUCCUUCUGCAGCGCAAAUCUAAGGCUAACCGUGUCUACGCCACCGUCUUGCACGCCAAGUCCAACACGGACGGAAACAAGGAACAGGGCAUCACCUUCCCAUCGGGUGAGCGCCAGGCCCAGCUCCUUGAAGAAGUCUACUCCGAAGCCGGAGUCGACCCCAACACCGUCUACUAUGUGGAAUCCCACGGAACUGGUACCAAGGUCGGUGACCCACAAGAGGCCAACGCCAUCACCCAAAUCUUCUGCAGCAACCGUGAAACCCCGCUGCUCAUCGGAUCCGUCAAAUCCAACAUGGGACACGCCGAGCCGGCCUCGGGCUUGUGCUCCGUCGCCAAGAUCCUGCUCUCCGUCUCCCGGGGCCUGAUCCCCCCGAACUUGCACUACAGGAGCCCCAACCAGUACAUCCCGGGUCUCAGCGACGGCCGCCUGCAGGUCGUCACCGAGCCGACCCCACUUGAGAGCGGAGUCAUUGGAGUGAACUCCUUCGGAUUCGGAGGUUCCAACACUCACGUCAUCCUCAAGGUCGCCGACCACGAGGCCAAGCCCCUCCCAGCCCCUGAAUUCACGAAGGUGCUCUGCUACUCCGGCCGUACCCAGGAUGCCGUCAACCACGUCUUCGAGAAUGUUGAGGCUCACGCCGGAGACUACUACCUCCAACAGCUCCUGGCCAACCAGGCCAAUCUGCCACCAAAGGACACUCCCUUCCGUGGAUACAUGCUCCUCAACCGCAAGGGAGAACUCCCACCUAUCAAGGAUGUCCAGAAGGUGAGCAUCACCGAGCCCCGCCCCGUCUACUUCAUCUACUCUGGAAUGGGCUCCCAAUGGCCAGGAAUGGCCCAAGAUCUGAUGGCCAUCCCCGUCUUCAACGAGUCGCUCCUCAAGUGUAGCCAUGCUCUCGACGAAUUCGGAGUGGACGUCUACAAAAUGCUCCAAAGCUCCGACCCAUCCCAAUACAAGAACAACACCCUCAACUGCAUGCUCGCCAUCUCCGCCAUCCAGGUCGCCCUCACCGAUCUGAUGAAGCACCUCGGAGUCGAGCCCGAUGGUAUCAUCGGACACUCCACUGGAGAAAUGGGAUGCGGUUACUGCGAUGGAGCCCUCACUGCCGAGCAGACGAUGAAGCUCGCCUACCACCGUGGAACUUCGAUCAUGAACUCGAAGAUCGAAGUCAAGGGCGGCAUGGCUGCUCUUGGAAUCACCUGGGAGGAGGCUUCGAAAAACUGCCCUCCUGGAGUCGUCCCCGCUUGCCACAAUGCCCAGGACAACGUCACCGUCUCGGGAGAUGCUGAAGCCAUCGACAAGUGGUGCGAGGAGCUGAAGGCCAAGGACAUCCUGGCCCGUGCCGUCGAUUCUUCCGGAAUUCCCUUCCACUCGCCGGCCAUGCUCAAGGUCAAGGAGCCCAUGUUGGCUGCCAUGCGACAGGUCGUCACCGAGCCGAAGCCCCGCUCUUCGCGCUGGAUCUCGACUUCGAUCCCGGAAGAUGAAUGGGACAGCGAGCUGGCUUCGACUUGCUCUGCCGACUACCACGUCAACAACGCGUGCAGCCCGGUGCUGUUCUACGAGGCUCUUCAGAAGAUCCCGCCAAACGCCGUCACCAUCGAGUUGGCGCCGCACUCGUUGAUGAACGGAAUUCUGCGCCGAUCUUUGCAGAAGACCGUCUCCAACGUUGGGCUGAUGAAGCGUGAUGUGGAGAAUGAGCUUGAGCAAUUCCUCGGAGCGCUCGGAAGGGCCUACCAGGCCGGAGUGACGAUCCACGUCGAGAACCUGUACCCAAGGGUUGAGGGCCCAGUGCCCAAGAACACUCCCAUGAUUGGACCCAUGUGGAAAUGGGACCACUCCCACGACUGGCCGGUCAUCGACGGCAAGUUGAUGGCUUCCGGAGGUGGUGGAGGUCUGCCCUCCUCGGCCUCGUACACCAUCGACCCGUUCGCCGCCGACUCCAAGGAGGCCUACCUCCUGGACCAUUGCAUCGACGGAAGGGUCCUGUAUCCGUUCACCGGCCAUAUGGUGCUCGCCUGGAAGACGCUCUGCAAGCUGAAGGGAGUCGACUUCUUGAAGACGCCCGUCGUUCUGGAGAACAUCAACGUCUACUCGGCCACGAUUCUCACCAAGCCAAUCAAAUUGGACUGCGUGAUCACGCCUGGAACCGGGCAGUUCGAGAUCAUCUUCGACGACCAGGUGGCGGCUUCUGGACAUAUCUACAUUCCGGACGACACGCAGCCGGCGUACUACGGAAAGCUCGAAGACAUCCGCACUUCCGAAAUUGCCGACCGCAUCGAGCUCGACACCGAGGAUGCCUACAAGGAGUUCCUCCUCCGAGGCUACGAAUACGGCCAGGCCUUCCGCGGCAUCUACCGCACGUGCAACUCCGGAGAGCGCGGAAAGCUGUACUGGACCGGCAACUGGGUGACAUUCCUCGAUUCGCUGCUCCAGACAGCGCUACUCGCCGAGCGCGCUGACACGCUGCGUCUGCCGACCCGUGUCCGCUACCUCCGCGUCGACCCGGAGAAACACCUCGCCAGCGUCAUCGAGCAGGACGGCAUCCAAGUCAUCGAACUCCGCAACGACCACGCCACCAACGGAUGUGUCGCUGGAGGCGUCGAAUGCUGCGACCUUACCGCCCACACUGUCGCUCGCCGCAUGCAAACUUCCGGCCAGCUCUACCACGAGAAGAUCUUCUUCGUCAAGCACUUCGACAAGGAGGCUUUCCUCGAGUUCCCCAAGGAGAAGGCCGCCCUCGCUUCCUACCAAAAGGUCCUCCACGCCGUCGUCGCCAAGGGAUUGGCCAACUGGAAGGAGCAGGGGCUCCUCGACAAGUUCCGCUUCGGCAAGCUGCUGCAGAGCCUGGCGAAGUCGUCCAAGUCGGAGGAUGUUACCGAGGAUGAAGUCACUCGCUGGUUGAACGACCAGAAGGCGCCGCUCCUCUACGCCCUCAACGACUCCUUCGAGACCCCCUUCCACCGCGAGGACACACCCGCCGAGUACGAGGAGAUCAUCCGCAACAAGCUGAAGGCCCUCAAGUCCACCUUCGAGCGCGACUUCUACUGGAACAGCGCCAUGCUCCACGACCGCAUCUACAAGACCGUCCAGGACAUCACCAUCGAGAACUCGGCCGGCCACAACUCGAAGUGCCUCUGCAUCGAGCUCACCUCCACCGAGCAGCUCAAGCUCGCCCUCGAGGCCGUCUCCUCGCACCCGUUGCUUGAGCUCGACUGGUUCGUCGCCGGGCCUGAGGUUGACCAGCUCGACGAGAACUCGUUGGAGCAGAUCGGGGCCAAGAAGUUCAAGCUGUCGCUGGAUGACCCAGCUUUCAACGGCUCGAACGAGGUCAAGAACAUGGAUUACGUCGUUGUUGAUCGCGUGCUGUCCAAGAAGUCCAACCCCGGAGCCUACCUACAGGCCCUGAAGCACCUCCUCCGUGAUGACGGUUUCGCCAUCGUCACCGAGUACACUUCUGACUUUGAGCUGGCCGCUACCGUCAACACCCUGCUCGGCGAGGACAUCGACGUCGCUGAGAGCCGCCAAUACGGAGCCUACUUCACCCACGAGGCUCUCGUCAAGGUCUUCGAGGAGAACGGAUACCGCAUCUGCAACUACCAAUCCGACCCGAUCAUGAUGUCCACCAUCUACUGCAUCCGCAAGAUCCCCACCCAACCCCGUGAGCCCACCUUCAUCGAUGUCGACGACAUCAAGGACUUCACCUGGGUCGAGCCCCUUCAACAAGCCGUUGAAGAGCGUCUGAACGAACCCGAGUACAAGACCAUCUGGCUCAACUCCACCAAGGUCCGCAACAACGGAGUCGUCGGAAUGGCCCUCUGCUUCGUCGAGGAGAACUUGAAGGCCAACCGCUUCCGCACCCUCGUCGACAUGUCCGUCAAGAAGGGCAACCGCACCGGCCCACCCGCCCUCACCCUCGACAAGGACAACGUCAAAAAGAUCAUCGAGCUCGACAUGCACGCCAACAACUACCGUGACGGCGAAUUCGGAUCGAUGCGUCACAUCGUUGUUCGUGAUGAGGAUGCCCACCAGACCAAGAUGUGCGAGCACGCCUUCAUCAACACAUUGGUCCGUGGAGAUGUGUCGUCCCUCACCUGGUUCGAGUCUCCCAACCAGUUCUUCCAUGCCGUCGACGAGAAGAAGAAGGGCAACCUCCAGCUCUGCCAGGUCUACUACUCGGCCGUCAACUUCCGUGAUGUCAUGUUGGCCUAUGGACGUCUUCCCCCGGAUGCCAUCCCCGGAAACUUCGCCGAUCGCGAGUGUCUCCUCGGAAUGGAGUUCGCUGGACGUCUCCCAAGUGGAAAGCGCAUCAUGGGUAUUCUCCCAGCUCAAGCCUUGGCCACCACCGUCCUUGUCGACCCGGAAUACGCCUGGGAAGUGCCGGAGAAGUGGUCUCUCGAGGAUGCUGCUACCGUCCCGGUCGUCUACACCACCGCCUACUACGCUCUCGUCCUGCGCGGUCGCAUCAGGAAGGGAGAGAAGGUGCUGAUCCACGGAGGAUCUGGAGGUGUCGGACAGGCUGCCAUCGCCAUCGCCCUCAACCACGGCUGCGAGGUGUUCACCACCGUCGGAUCCGCCGAGAAGCGCGAGUACUUGAAGAAGAAGUUCCCGCAGCUCGAGGACAAGCACUUCGCCAACUCCCGCUCUGCUGACUUCGAGCUCCAAAUCCGCCAGCACACCAAGGGACGUGGAGUCGAUGUCGUGCUCAACUCGCUAGCCCUGCAUAUGCUCCAGGCUUCCGUCCGUUGCUUGGCUCAGCAUGGCCGCUUCCUCGAGAUCGGCAAGGUCGAUCUGUCGCAGAACUCUGCCCUCGGAAUGGCUGUCUUCCUGAAGAACGUCACCUUCCACGGAAUCUUGCUCGAUGCCGUCAUGGACCAAUCGAUCGGAAACCGCGAAGACUGGCUCGAGAUUUCUCGUCUCUUCCAGGAAGGACUCAAGAGCGGAGUCGUCCAGCCCCUCAAGGCCAACACCUACCCAGCCGACAAGGCCGAGGAGGCCUUCCGCUUCAUGUCCGCUGGAAAGCACAUCGGAAAGGUUUUGAUGGAGAUCCGCCCCGAGGAGUCGAAGAAGGUGUGCCCACCUACCCCAAUCAAGGUGAAGGCCAUCUGCCGCACUCUCUGCCACCCCCAGCAUGUCUACAUCAUCACUGGAGGUCUCGGAGGUUUCGGUCUCGAGUUGGCCCAGUGGCUGAUCAACCGUGGUGCCCGGAAGCUCGUGCUCACCUCUCGCAGCGGAAUCAAGACUGGAUAUCAGGCCCGUUGCGUGUCCUUCUGGAGGCGCACUGGAAUCUCGAUCCAGAUUUCGACCCAGAACAUCGCCCGCAAACGCGAUGCCGUUGAGCUGAUCCGUGAGGCUCAAUCGAUGGGAACCAUUGGUGGACUCUUCCAUCUUGCCAUGGUUCUCCGUGAUUGUCUCUUCGAGAACCAGAACGUACAGAACUUCAAGGACGCCGCUGAGGCCAAGUACUACGGUACCAUCAACAUCGACAACGCCACACGCGAGUUCUGCGAUGAGAACCUCCGCUGGUUCGUCGUCUUCUCCUCCAUCACCUCUGGCCGUGGAAAUGCUGGACAGACCAACUACGGAUGGUCCAACUCCACCAUGGAGCGCAUGAUCGACCACCGUCGUGAGGACGGCUACCCUGGUAUUGCCAUCCAAUGGGGAGCCAUCGGUGAUGUCGGUGUCAUCCUCGAGAACAUGGGCGACAACAACACAGUCGUCGGAGGAACCCUCCCGCAGCGUAUGCCAUCCUGCUUGGCCGCCCUCGACCUGUUCCUCUCCUGGAAUCACCCCAUCGUCUCCUCCUACAUCAAGGCUGACCUCGGGGCCAAGAAGUCAUCCGGUGGUGGCAACCUCCUCCAAACCAUCGCCCACAUCCUUGGUGUCAACGAUGUCUCCCAGCUCAACCCUGAUGCCAAUCUCGGAGAUCUCGGCCUCGACUCCCUCAUGGGUGUAGAAAUCAAGCAAGCCCUGGAGCGCGACUACGACAUUGUCCUCUCCAUGAAGGACAUCCGCACCCUCACCCUCAACAAGCUGCAACAGCUCGCUGAAAAUGGAGGUGCCAGCUCGACCGCCCUGCAGACCAACGAGACCGACAUGAGGAAGGAGGGAGAAGCCAACGCCGAGAACAACACCGUCGAGCAGCUCGAGAAGCAGAUGAACCAGCUCUUCAAGAUGCGCGUGGACGUCAACGACCUGGACCCCCAGGACAUGAUCGUCAAGUGCAACAAAGUGGAGGAGGGACCAGUGACCUUUUUCGUGCACUCGAUCGAGGGAAUUGCUACUCCCUUGAAGAAGGUGAUGAACAAGUGCGAGUUCCCGGUGUACUGCUUCCAAGCGACGCGCGAGGUGCCUCAGGAUUCGAUCGAGUCGGUGGCGAAGAGGUAUAUCAAGGAGAUGAAGAAGGUGCAGGCCACUGGACCAUACCGACUUGUCGGAUAUUCGUAUGGAGCUUGCAUUGGUUUCGAGAUGGCGAAGACGCUGCAAGAAAUUGAAGGGCCGGAUGCUGUUGAGAGCUUGGUGCUGCUUGAUGGAUCUCAUCUUUACAUGCAGACCUACAGAAAUGUCUACCGAAUGGCCUUCGGAGUGACUGGCGACACCCUCGUGAACAACCCCUUGUUCGAGUCGGAGAUCAUGUGCGCCAUGACCCUCCGCUUCGCCAACGUCGACUACAAGAAGUUCCGCGUGGAACUCCUCCAACAACCCGGCUUCAAGGCCCGCGUACAAAAGGUGGUGGACACCGUCAUGACGACCGGGCUCUUCAAGUCGGCCGAGACGGUGGCGUUCGCCUGCCAGGCGAUGCACAGCAAAUUCCUGAUGGCCGACAAGUACAAGCCGGACGGAAAGUUCAAGGGCAAGAUCACCCUGAUCCGCGCCGAGCAGGGAGCCGCCCGAGAAGAGGAUGUCGGACAGGACUAUGGUAUCUCCCAGGUGUCCGAGGACUCGCAGGUGUACAUGGUGGAGGGUGACCACGACACGUUCGUGCAGGGCAAGAGCUCCUCGAAGACGGUCGGCAUUAUCAACGAACUGAUCCUCGAGAAGCACAGGCCU